AUGGUCAAGCGAACAGCAAUCGUGACAGGCUCAAGCCGAGGCAUCGGCGAGGCCAUCGUCCGCCGCCUGGCAGUCGAAGGCUACGCGGUCUGCGUAAACGACAUUUCUGCAAACCAGUCCGGCAUCGACAAGCUCGUCUCGGAACUGAAUGAAAAGCACGGCUCAGGCACAGCCAUUGGCGUCGUCGCCGACGUAUCCUCCUCCACGGACGUUCAGUCCCUGAUAAAAGAGACGGUAGAUAAGCUGGGCCCGUUGACGGUGAUGGUAGCCAAUGCAGGCAUUGCACAGGUCGCACCCGCACUGGAACUCUCCGACGAAGACGUGCAGAAGAUGUUUAACGUAAACUUCUUCGGCGUCUGGAAUUGCUACACCCACGCGGCGCGGCAAAUGAUUGCCCAGGGACCCGUCCCCGAGGGAAGCAGCGGAUACAAAAUCCUCGGAGCAGCAAGUAUCGUCGCGUUCAAGCCAUUCCCAUUGCUCGCGCAUUAUAGCGCUUCCAAGUGGGCGGUACGAGGUUUUACGCAGGUCUUCGCCAUGGAAAUGGCGAAGCAUAAGAUCAAUGUCAACGCGUACGCCCCUGGUAUCGUCGGGACGGCCAUGUGGGACAUCAUCGACGAGAAGAUGGGUGCGAUUGAGGGACGUGGCAAAGGCGAAUCGCUCAAGAAGUACAGUUCCGAUCUCACUGCGCUGGGAAGAGUGAGUGUCCCCGAAGACGUUGGCAAUCCGGUGGGCGGGUUCUUGUGCUCAAAGGACAGCGAGUUCAUCACGGGACAAACCAUUGUAAUAGACGGAGGGAUCAUAUUUACUUGA